AUUACCUAUUUCAGUCUGUGGUAUUAUAACAAGCAGAAUCAGCGCAGAUGGGUAGAUUUGGACAAGCCUCUGAAAAAGCAGCUGGACAAAUAUGCCUUGGAACCAACUGUGUAUUUUGGAGUAGUGUUCUAUGUGCCUACUGUUUCUCAGCUUCAGCAGGGGAUUACCAGGUAUCAGUAUUACUUGCAAUUAAAGAAAGAUAUCUUGGAGGGCAACAUUCCUUGCACACUGGAACAAGCAAUACAUCUGGCUGGUUUAGCUGUUCAGGCUGAUUUUGGAGACUAUGAUCAGUAUGAAUCUCAGGAGUUUCUACAAAGAUUUGCUUUGUUUCCAGUGGGCUGGCUGCAAGAAGAAAAAAUCCUGGAAGAAGCGACACAGAAAGUUGCCUUACUACAUCAGAAGUACAGAGGCCUUACUCCUCCUGAUGCGGAAAUGUUAUAUAUGCAAGAAGUAGAGAGAAUGGAGGGCUAUGGUGAAGAGACCUAUCCUGCAAAGGACAGCCAAGGAAGUGACAUAUUCAUUGGAGCGUGUCUUGAUGGUAUCUUUGUGAAACACAAAAAUGGUCGUCCUCCUGUUGUAUUUAGGUGGCAUGAUAUUGCCAACAUGUCCCACAACAAAUCCUUUUUUGCGUUAGAGCUGGCAAACAAAGAAGAGACAAUCCAGUUCCAAACUGAAGAUAUGGAAACAGCAAAAUAUGUGUGGAGGAUGUGUGUGGCUAGGCACAAAUUUUACAGAAUAAAUAAAUGCAGCCUAGACGCCCUGGACUCUCCACCUGAGGAGGGCUCUCAGAAAUCUUCCCUCAUUCUUUCCCUUCCACGCUUUCCAAUCCUUUCUCGUCCUUCGCUUCCCAAAGGACAAACCCAGCCGGUUACCGUGAAUCCUGUUAGAAGGCGGUCUUCAUCCAGGAUGUCUAUGCCCAAGCCUCAGCCUUAUAUGAUGCCUCCACCGCCUCAGCUGCAUUACAAUGGUCAUUAUACUGAACCAUAUGCAUCCUCCCAAGAUAACCUCUUUGUGGGCAAUCAGAAUGGAUACUACUGUCACUCUCAGACCAGCUUGGAUAGAGCCCCUCACGACUACAGUGGCCGGAUCCGCAACGGUAGUGUCUAUAGUGCACAUAGCACAAACUCCUUGAACAAUCCACAGCAUUACUUGCAGCCGUCCCCCAUGUCCUCCAACCCAAGCAUUACUGGAAGCGAUGUCCUCAGAACUGAUUAUGUGCCAUCACACAGACACAGUGCGCUAAUACCACCUUCUUAUCGGCCCACACCGGACUAUGAAACGGUGAUGAGACAGCUCAACAGGGGAAUGGUGCACACAGAUAGGCAGAGCCAUUCAAUGAGAAACCUGAACAUCAGCAAUUCGUAUGCUUACAGCAGGCCCGAUGCCUUAGUUUACAGUCAACCUGAAAUACGAGAACAUGCUCACUUUGCUUCCCCGCAAUCUAACCAUUAUCCAUUUAACCUGAACUACAGUUUUCACAGCCAAUCUCCCUAUCCCUAUCCUGCAGAAAAGCGCCCAGUUGUUGGGGCAGUCAGUGUGCCCGAGCUGACCAAUGUGCAGCUCCAGGCUCAGGACUAUCCAGCACCGAAUAUAAUGAAGACCCAAGUCUAUCGACCACCUCCCCCAUACCCCUACCCAAGACCUGCAAAUAGCACUCCAGACCUCUCACGACAUAUCUACAUUAGCAACAGCAAUCCAGAUCUUAUCACGAGGCGAGUGCACCAUUCUGUCCAGACAUUUCAGGAAGACAGCCUGCCAGUGGCACAUUCUCUUCAGGAAGUCAGUGAGCCUCUAACAUCGGCACGCCACGCUCAGCUGCAGAAGAGGAACAGUAUUGAAAUAGCAGGCUUGGCUCCCAGCUUUGAAGGAAUAAGAAUUAAAGAAAGGACCAUGUCAGCUUCUGCAGCAGAUGUGGCUCUUCCAAGAGUUAUCUCAGAAGGGUCACAGCCCAACAUUCUGAUGGAGAGAACAAAGCAAAAAGAAAGUGAGCAAGAAGAAGGUGUGAAUUGUGAUCAUAAGAAAACCCUUUCAGAUGCCACCAUGCUGAUUCACAGCAGUGAGGAAGAAGAAGAAUUUGAAGAAGAAAACAAGGCUGGUAUGAGUCUUUCUCCUCUCCCUGAAGAUCAAACCCAACUUUCAUCUGUUAUGGGUGGUUAUUCUCAUGAUUCAGUACUGAACUACCCUUACAGCUCUGUUGCUUCAUCUGCUGGCCCUUUGCAUAUUCUGGAGCCUAAAUUACAUAUUACAGAGACAGAAAAGCGAAUGAAAGAUGUCAGCCCCCUGCAUUUACUAGUAGAAAGCCAGGCGCAGAGAAGAGGGGAAGGACUGCUUACUCCAUCGAUGUCGGAAUCUGAUCUUACGACAUCAGGGAGAUACAGAGUAAGGAAAGAUCCGGUCAAGAAGAGACCCGUGUCCGAUCUUCUGUCUGGAAAGAAGAAUAUUGUGGAAGGCCUUCCCCCCCUAGGUGGUAUGAAAAAGAAUAAGAAUGAUGCAAAAAAAAUAGGGCCUCUAAAGCUAGCUGCCCUGAAUGGACUAGCUUUGACUCGAAUGCCUCUGCCAGAUGAGGGGAAGGAAGAAUCAACAAGAGCCACAAAUGAUGAACGGUGUAAAGUUCUGGAGCAACGGUUAGAGCAGGGGAUGGUGUUUACGGAAUAUGAGCGCAUUCAGAAAAAAAGACUUAUAGAUGGUGAGUGCUCAAUAGCUCGGCUUCCUGAAAAUGCUGAAAGGAACCGGUUCCAGGACGUCCUUCCUUAUGAUGAUACCAGAGUAGAGCUAGUCCCAACCAAAGAGAAUAACACGGGUUACAUCAAUGCAUCUCAUAUCAAGAUCUCUGUAGGCGGCAUAGAGUGGGAUUACAUUGCUACACAGGGCCCUUUGCAGAAUACGUGUCAGGAUUUCUGGCAGAUGAUCUGGGAACAAGGGAUUGCCAUCAUAGCUAUGGUGACAGCAGAGGAAGAAAGUGGGCGAGAAAAAAGCUUCAGAUACUGGCCACGUCUUGGUUCAAGACACAACACUGUUACGUAUGGGAGAUUUAAGAUUACCACACGAUUCCGCACCGACUCAGGCUGCUAUGCGACUACGGGUUUGAAGAUUAAACAUCUUCUCACAGGACAGGAGAGAACAGUUUGGCAUCUGCAGUAUACCGACUGGCCAGAGCAUGGCUGUCCAGAGGAUUUAAAGGGAUUUCUCUCGUACUUGGAAGAGAUACAGUCGGUGCGGCGCCAUACGAACAGCACUGCGGAUCCGAAAAACCCUAAUCCUCCCGUACUGGUACACUGCAGUGCAGGUGUAGGACGAACAGGGGUGGUCAUUCUGUCAGAGAUCAUGAUCGCUUGCUUGGAACACAAUGAGAUGAUGGACAUCCCACGAGUGCUGGACAUGUUGAGACAGCAGAGGAUGAUGAUGGUGCAGACUCUUUCACAGUACACUUUCGUCUAUGGAGUGCUCAUUCAGUUUCUCAAAAGUUCUAGACUCAUAUAAUCCCUGCCACGUCCUAAGGGACACUGCAGGAGUUUACAGAUAAAGAACAUGACCGUUGUCCAGGCAGACCUGCUCUCGCUGGUGUCGUCCUCGUACAGUGAAUCACGCAGUUACCUUUUAGGGCUGGUGUG